AUGGCUACCAACAGCUCACUAGAUUAUAAGAAACUAUUUCUGGAGGAGCAAGAGAGGCGAAAAAAGGCAGAGGAGAGAGAGAAACAGGCGGAGGAGGGACAGAAACAGGCAGAAGAAGGACGGAAACAGGCAGAGGAGAGACGGAAACAGGCAGAGGAGAGACGGAAACAGGCAGAGGAGCAAGGAAAAUGGGAUAGAGAGCGCAACCGCCACACGACUUUCCUGGAGUUCAUACGACUUUGUCACGACUUAUUGUCGCGACCGCUAAGAGUUGCGCUACCAUCUCUCUCGACUACAGGGAAAAUACCCUCUCCAACUGGAAAGUAUUGCCCUACGCGACUGGCAUUGUGGACAGACUGUUCAGCUCAGCAGCAAAAGAUUUACACUUCUGUGUGCAAUUACCUACAGCCAGCCGGUGCGCCUCAUGCAAGAUUCUUUACGCCGCUAAAUGCCCUCGAAGAAAGCGCAAAACAAUUUAGCUAUCGGGUAAUGAGCAGCGAGCAAGCCACUGAGAACUAUGAGCGAAAUGCCGUGGAAAACUACGUGCGUAAUAUAAUCGAGGAAUUAUGCAAGAUCGAUGCUGCUCGGCAGGAGUUUGGACUUGGAGAUGGGAUCCACUUUGAAAAUCAUACAAACUUACUCGACGCGGAUGAAGGCGUCGAAACGACAGAUCAGCCAUCUAAAAUUGAACACCCAAAAGCCGAUUCUUUCUUUUUCAUCCAUCGAGUCGAGGGUGACACUCACACCCUCCUCGCUUCAGCCGAAUACAAACCUCCUCACAAGCUUUCGGUGGAAGACUUUCACCUAGGCCUUGUGGAGAUGGAUUUGUACAAAGAUAUAGUCAGGUCAAACAAAAUCCCCACCGACAAGGAAGAAAAGUUGAAGUACGAUGCAAAACGACUUGUUUGCUCCGCUAUCGUUCAAGAAUAUCAUGUGAUGAUUCAAGAGGGACUCGAGUACUCCUACGUGACGACUGGGAUUGCCCGUGUUCUUCUCCGUGUUCCUCGUGAUAACCCUAGCACCCUUUACUAUCACUUUUGUGAUCCCAAUUCAGAAGUGGAUCCCCCAGAAGCUGAAAAUAGAUUCCAAGAACCAAAGACUUCUAUUGCCAGAGUGCUAUGUCUAUGCUUGAUGGCAUUCCGUUCAUCUAUACGCGACCAAGAAUGGAGGCAGCGCGCGCGCCAAGGUCUUCAAAUAUGGGACUCCAACCUUAGCCGCACCCGUUCUGAGCUUUCCAAAGAAUCACAACCUCUUCCUAACUCCAGCAGUACAUACGAGGAGUACACGAGUCCAGAAUCCGGUUCAGCCUAUGAACCGGAUUCAUCUCCACCGGGCCCAGUAUCUCAGGAACUCCCCUCAGAGGGCCGUCGGGUGUCUACCAGAACCCGAGGAACCUGCGCACCCCCGAAUGAUCGACACCGUACGCAGUCGCCAGACUCAUCAGGCUCUGACUCCAGCCAAGCAACCGGACGCAAACGAGGCUUUAGCCAAGUCACCUCUUCCCCAUCUACCCAACGAGCGGCUCGACAGGAUCACGCUAGGAGAUACGAAGACAGCCAGUCUCGGCGCGAUGCCCAAUUCUGCACCCAGCGAUGUCUUUUCGGGCUCCAGACUGGAGGUAACCUAGAUGACAACUGUCCAAACGUAAACCUUCACCGUCGGGGGCAAGAUAACGUCAAGCAUCUCAUCACCUCCGAGGAUUUAGUACGUUUACUCAAUGAACAGCUUGACGACAAUAUCGACCGAUGUAUACCGUUCGGGCGUUGCGGUUCAUAUGGUGCACCGUUCAAACUGACUUGCAUCGUGUAUGGCUACACCGUAGUCGGAAAAGGAACCACAUCAAACCUAUGGAAACAAGUCUCUAGCGAGGCUCAGGUAUAUCGAAUCCUACGGAAAGCCCAAGGCUCAGCAGUACCUGUCUUUCUCGGUACAAUUGAUUUGGCCAAGAUCUAUUUUCUUCACCGGGCUGGAGAGAUUUGUCAUAUGCUGAUCAUGGGCUGGGGAGGAGAGAAUACCGCGGAGAUGGAGAUGGAGCCGUGGCUGAGUCGGGAAAUCCAAAGGUCGACGAAGGAAAUAGAAGCGUUGGGCGUCAUUCAUGAUGAUCUUCGAUAUGACAAUAUCCUUUGGAAUAAGGAACUUGGACGAGCGUUGAUCAUCGACUUCCACCGCGCUACUUUGAAUACUCGACCACUGAAAUCACGAGAGAAGAGAAAGUUGCCGAGAUCAAAGUCGCGAGGUGUAAAGCGUCUGCGCUUGAAAGAGUGA